AUGACCUCGAGGAGUGGGGCCAUGUGGCUGCCUUCAGCUCUGGUCCUUCUCCAGGUCCCAGGCUGUUUGUCUCUGAGCGGCCCCAGGCGCGUGACGGGCACCGUGGGGGGAUCGCUGAGCGUGCAGUGUCGGUACAAGAAGGAGUACACAGACCAUAACAAAUACUGGUGCAAUGACCCGUGUUUGCCAUCGCUGAGGAUGAAGAUUGUGGAGACCACAGAGUCAGAGAGAGAAGUGAGGAUCGGCCGUGUUUCCAUCAGGGACGAACCAGCAAACCUCACCUUCACAGUGACCUUGGAGAGACUCACAGAGGGCGAUGAAGGCAAAUACAUGUGUGGGAUCGAUACACCAUGGGCAGAAAGACAGAUAGACCUCAUCUUCCCGGUUGAGGUGUCUGUGUCCCCAGCCGUGGUCCUGGGGGCCUGCAGCUGCCAUGAGAUGGGCCCAGAGGAGCCCCAGGUCCCUGUGUGA